GCUGGGGGGCCAAAAAACCCCAAAAACGGGGUGGGGACCCCAAAAAUGAGAUUGGGGACCCCAAAAACCCCAAAACCAGGAUGGAGAUCCCAAAAAUGGGGCUGGGGGGGGGGGGCAAAAAAUGGGAUUGGGGACCCCAAAAACCCCAAAACCGGGAUUGGGGACCCCAAAAACGGGGCUGGGGACCCCAAAAAUGGGAUUGGGGGGCCAAAAAACGGGGCUGGGGGGCCAAAAAAUGGGAUUUGGGAUGCAAAAAAUGGGAUUGGGGACCCUGAAAACGGGAUUUGGGACCCCGAAAAUGGGAUUUGGGACCCCAAAAAGGGUUUGGGACCCCCAAAAUGGGUUUGGGACCCCCCAAAAUUGGGAAUGAGACCUCAAAAAUGGGAUUGGGGACCCCAGAAAUGGGGAUGGGACCCCCAAAAAAGGGGUUUGGGACCCUUGAAUUUGGGCUGGGAUGCCCCAAAAGGGGUUUGGGACCCAAAAAAGGAGAUUUGGGACCCCCCCAAAAAGGGUUUGUGACCCCCAAAAAUGGACUGGGACCCCCAAAAAGGGUUUGGGACCCCCCAAAAAAUGGGUUUGGAACCCCCAAAAUGGGGUUUGGAACCCCUAAAUUUGGGCUGGGAUGUCCCAAAAUGGGUUUGGGACCCCGAAAAGAGGUUUGGGACCCCCCAAAAUGGGGUUUGGGACCCCCAAAUUUGGGCUGGGAUGCUUCAAAAGGGGUUUGGGACCCCCAAAUUUGGGCUGUGAUGCCCCAAAAAGAGAUUUGGGACCCCCAAAAGGGUUUGGGACCCCCCCAAAAAGGGUUUGUGACCCCCAAAAAUGGACUGGGACCCCCAAAAAGGGUUUGGGACCCCCCAAAAAAUGGGUUUGGAACCCCAAAAUGGGGUUUGGGACCCCUAAAUUUGGGCUGGGAUGUUCAAAAAGGGGUUUGGGACCCCUAAAAUGGGAUUGGGACCCCCCAAAAGGGGUUUGGGACCCCCAAAUUUGGGCUGGGAUGCCCCAAAAAGGGGUUUGGGACCCCCAAAAAGAGAUUUGGGACCCCAAAAGGGGUUUGGGACCCCCCAAAAGGGGUUUGGGACCCCCCCAAGCCCCUCGUGCCCCUCCCCAGAGAGCUGCCUGAACCUGGAGCUUCGCUUCACCCCCUUCCAGCUGUGCCACGCCCAGGUCCGGGUGGGGGAGCACCUGGAGACCGUGUUCCUGCUGAGUGGGAACGACCCGGCCAUCCACCUCUACAGGGAGAACCCCGGCUCUCACCAGUUUGAGGAGCAGCCGCUGCAGCCGCUCUUCCCGGAGCUCCAGGACCUGCCCAGCACGGUUCUCUGGCUGGACGUUCGCUCCCUGCCCGGCUCCGGCCAUCGCCUCUCGGCCCUCGGCUGCCAGAGCGGCUUCGUGCGGGCGGCGCGCGUCGACGAGGGGACCCGCACGGUGCUGCAGGUGUGGAGCGCGCAGCAGGACGGGCCCGUCUCGGCCGUGCUGCUCUUCAGGCUGCCCCCGCGGGGGCCGGAGGAUCCCGAGGAUUCCUGGAGCCUCCUGGUGAGCAGCACCCUGGAGGCCUCCGUGGUUUAUCGGAGGCUGCUGAAGCGGGGCCUGGCCGAGCCCCUGGAGCUGCCCGGCAGCCGCGGCUCCGACGCCGUCGUUUGUGCCAAAGUCACCGACGUCGACUUCGACGGCGCCGCCGAGAUCCUGCUGGGCACCUACGGCCAGGGGUGGGGCCCAGCCCCAAUUCCCACAUUCCCAACAUUCCCACAUUCCCAAACCUUUCCCCGAGUUCCCCCUUUUUUCCCCAAUUUUUUCCCCAUUUUUUCCCCAUUUUUUCCCCAUUUUUCCCCGUUUUUUCCUCAAUUUUCUGCAAUUUUUCCCCAAUUUUUUCCCAUUUUUUCCCCAUUUUUCCCCAUUUUUCCUCAAUUUUCUGCAACUUUUCCCCAAUUUUUUCCCAUUUUUUCCCCAUUUUUCCUUAAUUUUCUGCAAUUUUUCCCCAAUUUUCCCCCCUUUCUUUAUACCAUUUAACCCCAAAUUUUCCCCAAUAUUUCUCCGUAUUUCCCCAAAUUUUCCCCAAUAUUUCCCCAUAUUUCCCAAAUUUUCCCCAAUAUCUCCCCAUUUUUCCACAAUUUUCUGCAGUUUUCCUGUGAUUUUUCUGCAAUUUUCCCCGGUUUUUUAUCCCCAAAUCUCCCCUUGAAUUUUUUCCCCAUUUUUUCCCCAAUUUUCCCCCCUUUUUCCUCAAUUUUCUGCAUUUUUCCCCAAUUUUCCCCCCUAAUUUCCCCAUUUUCCCCUCCAUUUUUCCCCAAUUUUCCCCCUCAUUUUCCCCCAUUUUCUCCCCAU